UGGUUAAAAAAAAAUGUUCAAGCAGAAAAAAUGAAACCCCAUAAUGAUUAUGAAUCUCAACCACACAAGUUGGAUUUCUCAUUAUCAACAGUCUUCAACUUCUCAUCUCUUUCUUCCUCCAUGAGAGACUUGAGUAAUAAUAAUACACAUAUUUUAAAAUUUCUCCUUCUCUAAUCUUAUAUCUGUCCCAAAUACAUAAACCUAUAACCCCCAAAUUUCCCAAAGAUUUAAUUCGACUUUACAAUUAAAAAAAACAGUUUUGUUUAGUGCAAUCUUUACCUUAUCUUCCUUCACUUCUCAUCUAUUCUUCUUCUUCCUCCAUCUCUAGAAAAUCAUAAUACUUUUUGUUUCUUAAAUCUUAUUUGUAUUCCAAUAACCAAAACCCAUCUCAAACAUUUCAAGUUUACAAAACAUUUGUUUUUGAAACCCUAAAUGUUUUGAGUUGUCAUGGAUGUAAAUGUAAUGGCUACUACAACUACUAUAGUAUCCGACCUGGAUUCACGACAGCCCGAAACCGAAGCUCCGACCCGGAUCCAGCCCGCGAAGCCUAUUUCUUUCUCCAACGGCAAACGCUGCCACCACCAUCAUCUUGCGUCUGAAGCGGUUGCGGUUGCGACUUAUAAAGAAUGUCUAAAGAAUCACGCCGCGGGAAUUGGUGGUCACGCUUUAGAUGGAUGCGGCGAGUUUAUGCCGUCUCCGUUGUUUAACACCAACGAACCUACGUCACUAACGUGCGCCGCCUGCGGUUGCCACCGUAACUUCCACCGCCGUGAAGAAGAUCCAUCUUCUCUUUCUGCCGUCGUCCCGGCGAUCGAAUUUCGUCCUCACAACCGUCACCAGCUUCCUCCGCCUCCUCCUCCUCAUGCGGUGGGGAUUCGUAGUCCAGACAAUGAUGAUUCACCUUCUCCGCCGCCGAUCUCGUCUUCUUACAUGCUUCUUGCACUCUCCGGAGGAGGGGGAGGAGCUAACACCGCGGUUCCGAUGUCUAGGAAACGUUUUAGGACGAAGUUUAGUCAGUAUCAGAAGGAAAAGAUGUUUGAGUUCUCGGAGAGAGUUGGGUGGAGGAUGCCGAAAGCUGAUGACGUGGAUGUUAAGGAGUUUUGUCGGGAGAUUGGAGUUGAUAAAAGCGUUUUCAAAGUGUGGAUGCACAACAACAAGAUUUCAGGACGCGGCGGAGCUAGAAGAGCUAACACCGGAGGUGUAGGAGGUGGAGGAGGAGAUAGUCGUGAGAGUGUUGUUCCGACGAAUGGGUCGUUUUCUUCGACGUGACGAAAAGAACGGAAAACGUUGGAAAAGCGUCGUCGUUUAGAGGCUAAUUCUUUCUUUUUUUUUUCUGGUUUUCCUUUGUGUUUUUAAUAUUUUUUAUUUUAGUCAACGGGUCAAAUCUUUUUCUGUUCCACUUUGAUAAGUGUUUUGUCUUGUUAUGUUUUGUUAGUAGUUUAUCUUUUGUUAGAGAGGUAAUUUGAGAUGUAGCUUUCGAACAAAUGCGAGAGAGAUAAAAAGAGUAACCUCCUAAAAUUGAAUAACAGAGUGAAUUAAUCCAAUUGUUUAAUAAAUUUCUA